AUGGAGGAUGCAUGGGUACUGGAGCACAUGGUACUUAUAUUCUAUAGAAAACUCAUACGCGAAAUAUACUACGGAUAUUACGGAAACUACGGAAACUACGUAUACUACGGAUAUUACGGAAAGUACGAGUACUAUGGAUACUACGGAUACUACGCAAACUACGUAUACUACGGGUAUAACGGAAAGUACGAAUACUACAAAUACUACAGAUACUACGGAUUCUACAGAUACUACGGAUACUACGGAUAUUACGGAAACUACGUAUACUACGGAUAUUACGGAAAGUACGAGUACUAUGGAUACUACGGAUACUACGCAAACUACGUAUACUACGGAUAUUACGGAAACUACGCGAUAUGUAGCUUUUUUGGCAACCAGCUAAUAAGGAAUACCGAGCUAACUCAUCCAAGUAUUGUGUAA